AUGGCUAGAGGGGAUAUUAGGCUCUAUGAACGAAGCAGGACGCUAUCGACUAGACGUUCCCUCACACGCACAACUUCUAUGCAACCUACACCUUCACCUGCUCCUGGCGAGACUGCGACGCACACGCGCAAAAUUACCCGUAAAGACCUCGAGAAAACCCAGGUAAUAGGGCAAGUCGAUAGCAAGUUUAUAGUUGCACUAUCGACCAAUACGCUGCUCAUCUUCGAUCAGCAUGCUGCCGAUGAGCGUGUGAAGCUAGAGAGGUAUAUGAACCAAUUACUCAGUCGAGAGAACGUAUUGCUCGUUUCGCCUAGUAUUCGGGUGCGACUGACAGCGAUAGAAGUUUACACCCUCCUCUCCAACACUGCAAUAGUUGAGAUGUGGGGGCUAUUGCUGCGUCCCCAUGACGAACAAGAGGUAUGCAUCAACACGCUGCCCAACGUUAUACACGACAGACUACUCAAAGACCAUUCACUCCUCAGAGAUAUACUCAGAGAGUGUGUUGAUGCACACAACCAACACACUUCUCACACACCUCCCACCUUGCUCAACCUGAUUAAUUCAAAGGCAUGUCGAAACGCUUUCAAGUUUGGCGAUGUGCUGUCCAAUACACAGUCCCAAGCACUUAUCAGCGCGCUCUCACAAACUAAAAACCCAUACCAAUGCGCACAUGGCCGUCCUACGCUAUACCCUUUGUUAGAAUGUUAA